CUAACGUGUAGAGAAAGCGUAUUCACAAUUUCAGAGCCGCGUAUACAAAUUUUCAAGAUUCAUCCUAGAAACUCUUUUUGAUUAUUUUAAAUAUUUUCUUUGGAGAACGUGAAACAAAGAUGAUUAGUUUUUUAUUAGAUUAAUCAUCUUCAAUGCAGAAGAUGAUAUAAAUGGCUUUAUGUUAAGACCAUUCUUUGAGUAUUUUUAGUCAUAAGCUCUUUGUUCUUGAUCUGUGUAAAGGGUUUCUAAGUUUCUCUACACCCCCUCAAAGUCAUGGCCUCGUCGUCUGCGGCUCUUAGCAAGAAGCAGUUUAAGAAGUCUAUGACCAAGAAAUCACACUCAUGGUGGUGGGACAGUCACAAUUGUCCCAAGAACUCAAAGUGGCUUGCUCAGAAUCUGGAGAAGAUGGAUGACCGUGUGAAACACAUGUUAAAGUUGAUUGAAGAAGACGCAGAUUCUUUUGCCAAGAAAGCUCAAAUGUAUUACCAGAAGCGUCCCGAGUUAAUCCACCUUGUGGAGGAGUUUUACCGCAUGUAUCGCGCUUUGGCUGAGCGUUAUGAUCAAGCUAGUGGUGAACUUCAGAAAAUUCAUCUCUCUGGGAUACAGCCACAGGGCUCUCUUGAGAAAUCAUCUCCUGCUUCCCAAGAGAAAUCGAGUCACCCUCAUAAGGAAGAGGAAGACUCAUCAUCUCUGUCUGAUUCUGAUUCUAACUCUAAGUCGGUUCCUGAUCAUUCCUCUGUUAAUGAUGAAGAUGGUGACGAGGCAUUGAUCCGUAGGAUGGCUGAUCUAGAAAUUGAGCUUCAAGAAACUAAAGAGAAACUGAUCCAUCUACAGCAGGAAUGUGUUAAUGGUGACAACAACACUCUCCUUCAGAAAAUUACCGUAUAUGAAGGAGAGCUUAAAGAAGCUAAUAUAAAGAUUCGAAUGCACGAAGAAGAGAUCGCUAAUCUGAAGACUGAGCUUAAGAGCUGCAUUUCCUCUGAAGCAGAAACUCAACUAAUUGGUGUUGAACAAGAGAGUCUUGAUUUGGUUAAAGAGGAAACUAAAGAUGCAGCGGCCACUCUUUUCUGCUCAACCACGUCUGGUGGUAUUGUGUCUCUUUCUAUUAUUAUCAUUUUGUAUUGUUUUAAAAAAUAUAUAUGAGAUAGGCGAUCGUUUCUUCUUUUUUUGAAGUCAAUACGGUGGGUUGUUGCCAAAUUGACUUCAUUGACAAUGAAAUUCAUCAUGGAUGUGUAUGCGCCAAAUGCUUGAGCUU